AUGACAGAUCCUCAGGAGGAGGCCGCUGUAGUGGCCCAGCAGACUCCUCCCGGUCACACCCACGGGGGGUUUGGGGCUCCAGAGCGCCCUACUUCCCUUGCUGCUGUGGAGGCGCCAGUCCAGGCGCCGGUGCCGCAUCCUCCCCAGGCCCUCGUGUUGGCGGACCAUGGCCCCUCUGCCAGGCCCGGUGCUUUGGAGGAGGCCUACACCGUGUUGGACCAGCUCUGGACCGAUCUUCAGGGCAUCAACAGGUGCAUGCCGGCGCCGCCGCCGCCCGCGGCCCGCUCGAGCCCGCGCGGGCCCGCCCCGGCCCGUCUCGCCGCCGCCCGGGUCGCGCGCCUCCUCCCGCGCCUCGCCCGUGCCGCCUCGCCGCCUUCGCCGCCGUCUCGCCGGCGCCGCCGCGCCGUCGCUUCGUCCGCCGCGGGAGCCCGCGCCUGCCGGACCUCGCCGCCGUCCGCCGCCUCCACCGCGGCCUCUCUCCGGUCGUCGCCGCCCGCCGCUCCGCUCCUCCUCCUCGCCCGCACCUCCGACGCCGGCCGCCGCCUCUUCUCCGGCUAG